AUGUCCAUGCCUCUGUGCGCUCAACUUUUCUUCCACAGGGGCAGGAAAGGGGAGAAGGGACAACGAGGACCGCCAGGGCUCAAGGGCGCCAAGGGAAGACUUCUGGUUGACCUUUCGGAGCUAAAGCAAGGCCCCAAAGGAGACAAAGGGAAUAGAGGUUUGACUGGGUGGCCAGGAUUUAGCGGAAGGAAGGGUUCCAAAGGGCUUCCUGGCCUGGACGGAAGCCCUGGAGUCGAAGGAGAAGGAGGAGCCCCAGGUUGGCCGGGUUUCCAGGGGCCUCCAGGUCCGGCGGGAGACAGAGGGCGCCCUGGGAUCAAAGGAUCGCUGGGCUCCGACGGGUUGCCCGGCUUAGACAGACCUUCCGGGCCCCCAGGUGACGUGGGCGACCCAGGACCCAGCUUACAAGGGCAGAGCGGAUUCCCGGGGCCGAAGGGCAGCAAAGGGGAACAAGGUCCUUCUCCGUCAGGAUUCGACGGACUCCCUGGUCCGAGUGGAGUCCCAGGGGUAGACGGACCCAAAGGGGGCCCCGGGACCUUGGGGAGACCUGGCUAUGCCGUGAGAAACUAAGCGUCAAGUUCUUCC